UGAUUUCACCUUUCAAGUUGGCUUAGCUAGAGAGAGAGGGCCACAUCUGAGCAACAAAGAGGCAUUCAGGAGGAGGCUCUUAGGCACAAUUAUAGGGAGGCCUAGCCUCUCGUUUUAUCUGCUUUUAUGUUUAGUUUUAAUGUCAGUAAUCUGAACACAUUGCUCUCGUAUUUAUGAGCCUAUGGAAGAAGGAACUUUUUCCCUCAUCGCAUCUAUAUACUCUUUAAGGACUUUUCUGUAACAUUGGAAUGUCUUUUAUAUGCACAACCUACUAUGUAUGAAUGUCCAGGUUUACUUAGGAAGGGACUCUCUGAUAAUUUUCUGCCAAUAGUGAAUGUUCUACAAACUUAAUAUAUAGUAUUUUACAUAGUUCUUGCCAUAAUUUUUAUAAAUACCAUUUUAAGCUUUACUUUAUGCCAUUGUACAUUUUGAAAACUAAAAACAAAUAUACUUUUAGACCUCUGGGUCCGCUUGCAAUAUGGGGUAAGCAGCGGGGGUGAGAGCACUCGGGGACCGGCCGGGGAGGCCGGGCUUGCUUCCUGGAGCGAGAAUGGGAGUCCACGGAAAAACCCCUACUUCUCAUAGCCGGUGUGCGCUGCCGGCCGGCCCAUGGACCCGGGGAAGGCCAAUGUGUGCGAAUCCCGGCCCCGCGGGCUUUCAGGGCUCAUGGGAUGCUGAUCCUCUUCAAGAGAAGCUUCUGGGAGCGCUCAGAGUAUAUGGGGACCAUAUGCCCGUCCGAGGUGCAGCUCGACCGGGGAGAGGCCCAUGCCGGAGGUGGGAAUUCGGUGUGUGUUUAUUAAAUUUACGUGAACGUGACAGCAGGAGCUGGACUUAGGUCUGCGGACUCUGGAGUGAGAAAGACCCGAGUAAAUUCCGGGUCUGUCAUUUGUGACCGAGUAAAUUCCAGGUCUGACGACCAGUGAUCAGCUGAACCAUUACAGUUCUCCGCAUUCUCCCAAGAGCUGCAGAAAAUGAAGCAAUCUCAGGCAUCAGUGUCAUUCAAGGACGUGGCUGUGGAGUUCACCCAAGAGGAGUGGAAGCUACUGGGCCCUGCUCAGAGGACCCUGUACAGAGAUGUGUUGCUGGAGAACUACAGCCACCUCGUCUCAGUGGGGUACUGCUUUACAAAACCAGAGCUCAUCUUCAUGUUGGAACAAGAAGAAAACCCGUGGUUAUUAGAGGAAGGAUUUCUAAACAGGAGCUACACAGAGCAAAGUUACUAGAAACUUUUUUUACUGAGCUGUGUCAGGGUUUCCCAGGACCACCCUAAAAUUGAUGAUUCAUGAGGAAGACUCAACGGGACUCCAAAUACAGUCAUAGUUAUGGCCACGAUUUAUCAGCAAAGGAAAAGGCAUGUGAGUUGAAGUCCACAGUAAACUAGGCAGAAGCUUCCAAGAGUCCUCUACAAGUAGAUUCACAGGCCAUGCUUAAUUACUGCAUAAUAAGUUGCAACAGCAUGUGUGAAAUGUUGUUACCAGUGGACACUCAUCAGAGAUUCAGGCCCCAGGGUUUUUUGGCAGGGUCUGGUCAUAUGGACACCCUCUGUCUAGCAUCAGCCAAAAUUCUACAUUCCCACAAGGAAAGAAGGCCUUCAGCAUGAAGCACAUUGUUUAUUCAAAUAGUUUUGGUACGGAGAGCCACUCUUAUCAGUUCUGGGAAUGUUGGGAACCCUCCUGAAAUUUAAGUUCCUAGAUGCCAACCAAGGGCCAAUACAUCAAGUUGGCCUUUCUAAGGAUAUUUGUCUCAAGCCUGGUAUAUUCUCUACCCCCAAAUUUGCAAACACACAGUAUAACAUAAAGUAGGACAAACAUAUCUGCCGUAUCAACUAAGGGAAAUGGAUUAAAGUCACUUACUAGUAACACUAUCAGAUUGCAUCAAAGAGAUAUACCUGUAACAUGAUUUGUGAAGUUUGAAAUACACUUGCUUUAUUAUUAAGCCAGUAAGCACAGAAAUAAUUCAGGGUUUAUUUAUCUAACUUCUACUUAAGGUUCAGUUCAGGUCAAAAAACAGGUAAGAAGGACACUUUGUUAAAGCUAAAGAAGACAAUUUAAAAGGAGAUGUUAAGUCUUGAGUAACUCUGCACCAAAUAAAUUAUCAUAAAGAUUCACAAAUCAAAAAACUGCAAGAAAUAAAGAGAAAUAUAAACCUAUUAGAAAGCUUAGACCCUAAAAAACACUGAUUUUGUUCCAGAGCCAGUAGACAACAACUGAUAAUCUUGAAUAGUGCUUGACAAACUAUGGCCUUCAAGUAAAAUCCUGCUUGUUGCCUAUUUUGUUAAAGGAAGAUUUAUUGAAACAGCCACAUGCAUUCAUUUAUGUGUUUGCACUGUAAAGCAGAGUUGAAUACUUGCAACAAAGCCACAUGACCAGAAAAGCCAAAAACAUUUACUGUCUGGAGCUUUAGAUAACAAAGUUUGAGGGCUACUGCUCUCAAAGUUAUACAUGGCAUACUUUCUAAAAUGAGGAAUAUUUGUCUAUCAAAGCUUUGUACUCUUGAAACAAAGAAUAAAACUUUCUUUACAUGACACUAGAACAUUCACAAAAUAUAAAAGUAUUUUAGGCAAAUGUCAAUAAAUUCCAGAAAGUGGGAAUGCUAUUGUUCAAUGAAACAUGAAUAUGAGAAAAAUUAAAAUGUCUCUAUCUUGGAAAUCAAUAAUGAAUAUAUAAAUAUAUAUCUUUUAAGAACCUUUUUUAUCAGAGAGCAUAUCAAAAUCAAAGAUGCACAGUAUCCAAAAAUAAAAAUGAAAAACAAUGAGACAAGAGCCUUCUGCGAAAAAUAAAUCAGAGCUUAGAAGAACAUUUUUAGUUUCACAUCUCAUUUUUAAAAGUAAGAAUGUUUUAAAAGAAGAGUAAGCAGACGAUUGAUGUAAUUAAGAUACACUGAUGGUAUAAAAUAUAAGAUCAAAAGUGGGUCUCAGAAUAAAAACAUGUAAUAAAAUAGCUAUCAUCACCAAUAAGAAAUAACUAUGUAGAUACAAUUCAAGUUUUUUGUUUUAUCCUGAUGACUACCAAAUUAUUAGAAGAUGCCAUUCAUUAAAAGGUAAACCAUCAUUUAAGGUACGACCAAGAGAAGCUCCUGUCCAUUUCACUAUGAACAUGCCAUCAGUUUUAAGAUACAACUUGAUUUUGGUGAUCCUAGUUGGUUUAAAAUUCAUGUGUCUCAGAUAAACAUGAGUUGUCUCCAUGUAUCCGUUGUUUAAAAACAGGCAGAAUACAGGAUACAGUCAAAAGCUACUCCAGGUUUUAAAUAAAUGGUGCUUAAAUUUGUGGGAUGAUACAAGAGGACUUUUUUUUUUUUUUUAAUUGUUUAACGUUUUGGAAAAAUAGCUCCAAAGGGCAUCUCGAUUUUCAGUAGUGCCAAAGUUGGAAUGUGGGAUAACUAGAGAAAGAAUAUGAAUGUAAGAUUAUUGUUGUAAAUGAUCUAUUUAGUGGGGUCUGUCGAGACUAAAGCAAAAAAUACUGUGGAGCAGUGGAACAGUAGCUAGAACAUGUAAUAAGCAUGCAGUUAAUGUAAAAAUUUCUUUUCCAGAAUCCUGUCUCUUAAAUCUUUUUAUAUGUUGGUACCUAAGUCAGUGGAUUCAAGGCCUGCAUAUGUUUUUAGCAUAGGCCUGACACAUUGUUGCAUGGGACAUGGGUAGUUGCAGGGUGAUAGCAGUAAUAUAUACAAAAGAAAUUUAUGAUAAAUAAAUGUAAAAGAUACUUGUGAACUUUCUGGGAGCAGAUUGAAAUAUGCUUCUUAAUGUUUUUGCAGUCGUUAAUAACUAUCUCUAUUGAAAAGUAGAUGGAAAGCCAAAUUAAAGAUUGGAGAGGAUGAAAACUGGUUUCGGGAAAAUGAAUUGGUAAAGUGAUAGGAGAACAGUUGAGAUGUGAUGGUUAAAAGAGGUUCAUUGAACACCUCUGAUAUAAUAGAUGAAGGUACCUGAUUUAAUACAGCCAGGAUAGAGUAGUGAAUCCAGUUCAGCUGGGAAAAUGACUUGUACACAUCAGUUUUUCACCUCCGCUUACACGUUUGUGUUCCCUCAAGGAACACUACAGGUUAGAAUGAAGGCAUGGUCUACAAUGUGAGGAAAUUGGAAAUUUAUGUUGAUUUUGAUGUGUAGAAAGGAACAAAGGAAAUUCUAAAGGAAGCAUGUACACUAAUUUUGAGAAUUAUAGUUUAAGAUGCCAAAUUCAUAUGAUACUCAUUUCUACAUUCCUCUCCCUUUUUUACUACAUA